AUUAUUUCUAGAACGUGCAGGAGAAGCAAAUGAUUGUAUACUACGAAAAAAAAACUAAACUUUCUUUUAGCAAAAUUAAAUUUGGUCUGAAAAAUGAAGUGCUGUACAAGACUGUGAGGUGUCCCUGACAAUGAAGAACUGGGUCUCGUCAAAACCAUGCGCCAUCUGAGACAUGAGGCUGUCCCUGAUUGUUCCCACGACGACACCAAGCACUGCUAACGUUCCACUGGCGUAAAAUGGAGAUUAAGGAAAAAGAAGUUUCUGUGGAUAAUCUACUUCGAUGUCCAGUCUCCAACUUGACCAAAAGAGAGCGGGAACUCCUCGUGGAAUCGUGGGAACUUAUUCAACUCCACGACAAAGAAUUAAGGACCACUACUAGCGUCAGGCUCUUACUCUGGCUGUUGGAAAAUAUCCCAAACAUGAGAACGAGGCUGGCGGCCAAAGUUCCCAAGACCCUUCCGUUUCCCGAGUUACUGGCCAACGAGAUGUUUAUCCUUCACUCCAAGGCUCUGUUUGAUUCCCUGGACAGCUUCGUCUCGUUAUCUGACGACCCGGUCAAACUGGAACAAAAAAUGCGAUCCAUCGCCAAGAUGCAUGUCAAUCUUGUCCCGAGCGUCGGCAUGGAGUAUUUCAGUAAAUUGGAAACUAGUUUUGUUGAUUUUAUCGCUGUAUCCCUGAAGACUACAAAUGUUGAUGAGAGAGUACAAAUAUGGGGACAGUUCUUGGCCGCCUUCUGCCAUUUUGUCGAAGAGGAAGAGAAGAAACGUAAUCCUAAAAGCAGAAAAACUCAUUGUUGUGUGAUUUUGUAGCUCCUCUGUCCACUGAUGUGUACAUCUACCAUCUACGUUGUGAUUUUGUAGCUCCACUGUCUACUGAUGUGUACACCUACCAUCUAUGUUGUGAUUUUGUAGCUCCACUGUCUACUGAUGUGUACAUCUACCAUCUACGUUGUGAUUUUGUAGCUCCUCUGUCUACUGAUGUGUACAUCUACCAUCUACGUUGUGAUUUUGUAGCUCCACUGUCCAUUGAUGUGUACAUCUGCCAUCUACGUUGUGAUUUUGUAGCUCCACUGUCCACUGAUGUGUACAUCUACCAUCUACGUUGUGAUUUUGUAGCUCCACUGUCCAUUGAUGUGUACAUCUGCCAUCUACGUUGUGAUUUUGUAGCUCCACUGUCCAUUGAUGUGUACAUCUACCAUCUACGUUGUGAUUUUGUAGCUCCUCUGUCCAUUGAUGUGUACAUCUACCAUCUACGUUGUGAUUUUGUAGCUCCACUGUCCAUUGAUGUGUACAUCUACCAUCUACGUUGUGAUUUUGUAGCUCCACUGUCUACUGAUGUGUACAUCUACCAUCUACGUUGUGAUUUUGUAGCUCCUCUGUCCAUUGAUGUGUACAUCUACCAUCUACGAUGUGAUUUUGUAGCUCCACUGUCCAUUGAUGUGUACAUCUACCAUCUACAUUGUGAUUUUGUAGCUCCACUGUCCAUUGAUGUAUACAUCUACCAUCUACAUUGUGAUUUUGUAGCUCCACUGUCCAUUGAUGUGUACAUCUACCAUCUACGUUGUGAUUUUGUAGCUCCUCUGUCCACUGAUGUGUACAUCUGCCAUCUACGUUGUGAUUUUGUAGCUCCACUGUCCACUGAUGUGUACAUCUACCAUCUACGUUGUGAUUUUGUAGCUCCACUGUCCACUGAUGUGUACAUCUACCAUCUACGUUGUGAUUUUGUAGCUCCUCUGUCCACUGAUGUGUACAUCUGCCAUCUACGUUGUGAUUUUGUAGCUCCACUGUCCACUGAUGUGUACAUCUCCCAUCUACGUUGUGAUUUUGUAGCUCCUCUGUCUACUGAUGUGUACAUCUCCCAUCUACGUUGUGAUUUUGAGUGAAUUGAGAAUCUGUUGUGCUAAGAAUUAGAGUUGUGUGUGUACAUUUAUCCUCUGUUGUGCGAUGUAUUAUACAUCAUGUUACAAUGUUUAACAAUGCAUUCUCUAUGAAAGUAUAUGUAUUAUAUGUUACAUAAUAUACUGUCUUUUUUUGUAUAUCGUAGAGUAAUGUCUACACUAAUAUUGUGUUGAUCUCUGAGCCAGCAGAUGUGUAGGACAUCGAUGUUAACUUUUUGCUAGCUUUUAAUGAAAUAGUAACAAAAGGAAAAUAACAAUAAAUAGACAUCUAUAUCAUCACAUAAUUUUUAUCUUAC